CCAGAGUCGUUUGUAUAGAGGAGGGUCCGCGCUUUGCGCACACGCUGUGCACUUUCAGUUCUUUUCCAGAUCCGCCGUGAACACUUUACCAUCACGUUCCACGAGAAUGUUUCACAAAGAAGAUCAUAUUAAGAAGUAGACUAAAUAACUUUUUAACGUUUUACCUGGGGAAAUAUGCGUUUGAAUCACUGACAGAGGGAGUGCGCUCCUCGGAGCUCGGCUGUUGCCUACAUGGAUCAGUAAAGGGUUAGAACAUAUUAGAACAUAUACCCGGUGGAUGAGAGAUUGAACUUCGUGGUUUGCAGCAAUGGAGAGAAUCGUGUUGUUGACAUGGAUGCUUUUGUGUCUGUUUGUGGCAUCAGCGCGGACGCAAAAGGCGUUACCUGAAGGAGUGCUGAACUGUUGUGAAGGUGAUGUUCUCUUCCUUCUGGACUCUUCGGGAAGUGUUUCCUCAUAUGAACACUCACGCCUGCUCUCCUUCCUGUCCGAUGUGCUGCUGCCCUUCUCUUUGGGCGAGGAUCAGGUCAGGGUGGGACUCCUGCAAGUGGGCACCCAGCCAAAAGUGGAGUUUGACUUUGGUACCCACCACUCCCAGACCAGCCUACAGGGGGCACUGAGGAACAUCCGGCCACUCCGAGGGGAUACUAACACAGUAGAAGCCCUGAGGAUAGCCUCAGAGAGUGUUCUCAGACCAGGGACCCCCGGAGGAUCCAGGAAGGGGCUCCCUAGGGUGCUGGUGUGGUUGACAGAUGGAGUGAAGCCUGGAGAUGUAACCGGGCCCAUGGCUGCACUGAGGGAUGAGGGUGUGGCAGUGCUGGUGGUUUCUACGGGACAUGGGAACUAUCAGGUGCUCCGGGAUGUAGUGACACACCCUACUGACAGGCACUUGUACUUUGUGGAUAUCGAUGACCUGAGUAUCAUCACAGAAGAUCUCCGCAAUGCUAUUAUAGAAAUUAUCCGAGCUGAAAGAAUGACAGCACGAGACAUCUCCACCAACUCUGCUACUCUCCAGUGGCGCCCUGUGCUCACAGGAUUAAAUGGCUUCUAUGAGAUUCGAUUUGGUCCAGCGCCCACUGGAGGGGCAGGAAGUGGAAGUGGGGGUCCUGGAACCAGUCCUAGUGUUGGUGGUGGUCAGUACCAGAGGUUUACUCAGUCUGCAGACUCCAGCACAGCCAGGCUAACAGGACUCAAGCCUGACACGACAUAUGUGGCCACUCUGACCCCAGAGUCUAAUGAGCAGGCUUUCAACACUCUCUCCGUCACCUUCACCACCAAACCAGAGGUGCUGAGCCCGGCUGUUAUAUCCAUCUCUGAGUUGGGGUCAAGCAGCGUACGGAUAAACUGGGGCCCCCUCCAGCCCGACCGGGUCAUCAGUUACUACAUUGAAUACUCCACUCUGCCCAGUGGCAAGCUCAGUGCUGUCACCGUUAGCGGGACCCAAAACUCCACUGUGCUACGGAAUCUCCAACCUGACUCCACUUACCUGAUCACUGUGAGCGCCAGACACUCCUCUGGCACAGAGAGGGCCAUGUCGGUCAAAGUGUGCACAGAGGAAGUGACACCAGCGUUGUCAGACCUGCAGCUGACCACAGUGGGCAGCGACUCGGUGCAGGUGGACUGGAGGGGCAGUGGUUCUGGACUCAGAGGGUAUUGGCUCACCUGGGAGGAUCAGCAGAACUCAGUGUCAGCUCAGCUUUCCACUAUGUACCUGCCCCCCGAGUCUCUGUCUACACGCCUGUCCCACCUCCCCCCACUAGCCCGGGUGUGUGUGUCUCCCAUCUAUCGUACUGCCCGGGGGGACGGGCUCUGCUGCACUGCACAGUUUCACUCAGAUGCAUUGUCCUAUGGCUAUCAGUCGUAGCGCUCCUGAGUCUAUGCAUGCUCCUGACCAAACAUGGACGAAGGGUGGAGAAGAAUGUUGACUUUCCUCUGUAAUUCUCUCUCCUGCCUCUCCCCAUUUGUGGACAUCACGAAGAGAGUGCAGUUGGUUUAUAAGCAACAUGCAUGGAUGCCAUAGACACUGAAGGGAUAGGCCUGAGAUAAUAUGGCCAAAUGUUGACUGUUGGAAAAACUUAUGAUUGACUGGCUGUUUGCUUUUCCAUUGCAUCUGGUCUACACCUGUAUUGCAUUCAUUGGAGGAAAAAUGUUACUAUGCACAUUACUGGUGGCUUUGUUGGGAGUGUAGAAUGUAUCGAGAACCAUAUGUGGGCCAAGUGCCAUUUUGCAAACUGUUCCCAUCUGAUUUACAUUUUAAAUGAAUUUCUACUGAAAUAAUCACUCUGUUGAGACAACUUUAGUUACAUAGGAUAUUUGUAUGUGUGUUAUAGGGGUUCAAAAUAACAGGAGCUCAAAGAAAAUUGCAAACAAACAUACCACAUUCUCUUGGAGCUUCAAGUACACUAUGACACACAUGUGUCCAACUAAGUUUGUAAUCAUGGCUGUACACUGAUCAAAGUCAUAAUUCAAGUAUCUACAUAGGACAAAAUAUACACAUGAUAUAUUGAUGUAUUUAUCCUUGUUUACUUCAAACCCUUUCAAAAGCAGCUUUUAUAAGCUCUGCUGCCCUCUUCUGAUAGAAAACCCCCAGGCUUACUACUGCUGAUUUGUCAUUAUUGAACAUGACAUUAACAUAUGUAUGCACUAUAUCACAAUUAAAGUGUAACAUAAGCUUACAUUACAGUUCGUUUUUAUUUUUUAAUAAAAGAACUAUGAUGUUUA